GCGCGGGAAGCGGAAGAACGCGCGUGUGCGGCGCCGGGGCUCGGCGGGCGGGGGCCGGGCGGGAAACGAGGCCGGGGCGGGGGGCGGCGCGGGCCCAGGACCGGUACCGGACCGGGAGCCGAGCCCGGGGCGCUCACCCGCCGCGCCCGCAGGAUGUGCGCGGGCCCGGCGCUGCGGCAGGAGUACCGGCGGGGCCUGGAGCGGGGCCGCGCCCGUCCCGGUCCCGACCCGUCCUUCGGGGAGCGGCUGCGGCAGCGGCUGCGGAACGAGCCGGGGCUGCUGCCGGCCCUGCAGGACGACGCCGGCGCUCUCCUGGCCCGGGGGCUGCGGGGCCGCCGCGAGCCGGGCGCGUCGCUGCGGUGUCUGUCCGCCGCCUUCGAGCUGCUGGAGCGGACGGCCCUCAACCUCUACCUCUUCCCCUGGCGCAAGGAGUUCCGCACCAUACAGACCUUCUCGGGAGCCUACGUACACGUGCUGCGGGCGGCGCUGCCCGAAGCCGAGCUGCUGCGGAGCUUGGGCCGGCUGGGCUACGCGCGGCUGGAUGAGCGCCGCCUCGCAGUCUCCCGGCCGCCGCCGGGCACCGAGCUGGCCGCUGCCGCGUGCGGCUUCCUCGCCUGCCGGCUGGAGUGCGACAUCCUGGCCGAGCUGCUGCUGCGGCUGCAGCCGCGCCUGCCGCGCGCCGAGGAGCUGCUGGACGCGCGCCGCGUCGCCGGGGACGUGGAGGCCUGCGUGGAGAUGCUGCGGGAAGCGGCUCCCGGCUGCGAGGACGGCAGGGAUCUCUACGGGGACGUACCGGACAGCCCCGAGGAUCUCUAUUUUGAGAGGCCAGACAGCCCCGAGGACGGCGGGGAGCGAGAGCCGAGUCCCGCGGUGCUGAGCUCCAGGCCGCAGCGGGACCCUGCAGGGCUGCAGGGAGUGCAGGACGCGGCCGGGAGGAACUGGGACACCUACGAGCGUAGCGACCUCGCGCAGGAGCCGCUCCCCUCCCCGGGCAUCCCCAAGCCAGACUCUUCUUCCUCUCGCUUCUUCCUGCAGCAGGAGCAGAGGGAGGUGGGCGGCAGCCCCCCGUUGCUCUGCCCUGCGCGGCUGCCCCCUGGGGAGCCCCCACCAAGCUCCCGUGCCGGCGCUCUGCCCCCUGCUGCCCCACAGCAACUCCCUGAGCUUCCCUCCUACCAGCUGCACUCCUGCCUGCGGCAGGGCACGCUGCCUGCCUACUGCUGCACCACCUGCCAGCAGCUGCAUGCCGGUACCUGCGUGGCCGGGCUGGCUUGCCGCAGCCGGCACCGUGGGCAGGAGCUGCGCUGUGAGCGGCAGCAGCGCCUCUGGCUGCAGCGCACAGAGGUGGACAUGCUGCUGGCUGACGGCACCGGCACCCGGCCCUAGCAUGGCACGUCGGCUUGAGGGGACGCUGAACUCGGCCCCGCGCUCCCACGGAGCCCUCGGAUGUAGUGGGGCAGUGCAGGGAGGUGAGAGCUGGGAGGACUGGGCCCUGCUCUGGUUCCUGCUGUAAGCGGCUCGCUGCAUCCCAGUAAAGCGUGGCUGCCUCGUGA